AAGAGUAGACACAGACAGGGGCUUGUGGGCUGAUCUCAUAAAGCAGCGAACAGGCAGCCUCUAACUUUUAAUCACACUUCACACCAAAGAGAAGCCACGAGUCAGAGAGGAGAGCGUUUAAUCAACACUGCACAGCAGGUGAGACACUCAGGUCACACACAGACGAGACAAGGGUUUGAUGUGCGGAGAGUCGACUGGUUCCAGUAAUGAGGAGCAUCCUCAGUGAUGUCAACGCUGGGUGAGCCUUCGGGAACUGUCAGAAGCUGUGUGAAGGUAAAGCUCCUGUUGACAGCAUGACUGAGAAGUGGGACUAACAUCUGACUAACUCCAGACACCACACAGAGAGAGAGAGCAGGUGCAUCUUGCGUGAAACCAAUCAGAAAAGUCAUACCCUGUGAAAAUGGAGUCCGCAUUCUCACGGAUGAGAUGGGAAACUGAUGGAGAGGCCGAAGAGAUCUCCUUGAGAGGUCUGGGAUUGCGUCGCAAACGGGAGUUCAUACCCGAGGACAGGAAAGACGCGACUUACUGGGAGAAACGCCGCAAGAACAACGAAGCGGCGAAGCGCUCGCGAGAGAAACGAAGGGUCAAUGACUAUGUAUUGGAGACUCGUUUGGUUUCAUUGAGCGAGGAAAAUGCUCGUCUACGAUCUGAGCUGCUGGCUCUAAAGCUUCGGUACGGUUUGCUCAACUCUGGAGCCACCUACUCCUCGUCUCAAAGAGCUCUAUCUCAUCUUCACUCUUUGGCCCCGCAACCUCUGGUUUCUUACCCAGACAAAGAUCUCUACUGGGGAAGAAGGCAAGACAGAGAGGCUUCCAAUCUAUCUGGGAACCAACAAGCACCCAUCUGUCUGGGUACCCACCCCGGGUCGGCAUUCCUUCCCACGCAGCCUAUGGCCAUGCGAAGAAAUCACCCAUACUUCCUAGACUUCCCCACCCUCCAUUCCCCUUCAGCCACACCUUUACUCUUUCCACCACACCUCGCCUCAGCAACAGCACCUUGGGCAGGACGGCCCCUGCUCCAACCAGGGAGUCAGAGGAUCUUGUCGGAUGACGAGGGUGAGCAGCAAGUGCCGGCGGAUUCCAGCACUGCCCUUCCCCAUAAACUAAGACUGAAGUCUCAAAACUCACAGCGCAAAGACAAUAGAGCUAAAUCUGCAUCUCCUAUUCCAGCAUACAUGUCAGAUUGAAACCAAACUCUAGGCUAAAAUGGCUCAGUAGUUAUGAAUCAUCCUACACAUUUGUGUUAAACAACCUUGGCUAUAUUCCAGUAAGUUUGUUGUUAACCAUUUGAUAAAAAAAACUUCUUUGAUCAAAAGGUCACACAUACUGAUAUAGUUUCCGAAAUAUAUUUUGAAGAGUCAAUAUUUCCAUCAUUGAGGUGGAAAGUGGCAAACUUGAAUUGGGAUAAUGACCUUUUU